AUGGGAAAAGACGAGAAUGAAAAGGGCUUCAAAGGGGAAGCUCCGGUAGCCCCCUUGCCGACUUACUUUGAAGAUGGUGGCAGCCCUGUGCUCGUAGGGACUGCUGAAGGCGGGGAUGAGUUGGGUUUCUGGACCCGUAUGGGGUGCACUCCUGAGUCGUUCAAGAGGAGAACACUUGCGGACAAGCACAACCAGUUGAACCGAACGCUUAAAAGCCGCCAUUUGCACAUGAUUGCAAUCGGUGGCAGUAUCGGAGCUGGUUUGUUCGUGGGCUCUGGCGGUUCCCUGAGCACUGGCGGCCCCGCAACUCUACUCAUCGACUUUGGAAUUGUUGGUGUGAUGAUGUUCAACGUCGUUUACGCCCUUGGUGAACUUGCUAUCAUGUUCCCGAUCUCUGGUGGUUUCUAUACCUAUUCAACACGGUUUAUCGAUCCCUCCUGGGGCUUCGCCAUGGGUUGGAAUUACGUUUUCCAAUGGGCCAUUGUUUUACCGCUUGAACUCACUGUAGCAGCCAUGACAAUCGGAUAUUGGGGUGUAGACAUUAACAUCGCAGUUUGGAUCACGAUUUUCAUGGUUGCAAUCAUUAUUAUCAACGUCUUCGGCGUCCUCGGCUACGGAGAGGAAGAAUUCUGGAGCAGUUGCCUGAAACUCGCAGCUAUUGUCAUCUUUAUGAUCAUCGCGCUCAUUUGUGUCCUUGGUGGUGGGCCCGAAAACGGCCUUUAUUCCCAGUAUUGGGGUGCCAGACUUUGGUACAACCCCGGCGCAUUCCGAAAUGGCUUUAAAGGCUUCUGUUCCGUCUUUGUCACCGCAGCGUUUGCCUUCUCAGGAACAGAACUGGUUGGCCUCGCUGCCGCCGAAUCCAAAACACCUGUCCAGUCUCUACCUUCCGCGGUGAAGCAAGUGUUUUGGCGUAUUACCUUGUUCUAUAUCCUUGCUCUGUUUUUCGUUGGCCUCCUCAUCCCCUAUGAUGAAGAGCGAUUGAUCGGAAGUGGCUACAUCGAUGUCAAAGCAUCCCCUUUCGUUAUUGUUGCCAAAAACGCCGGUCUCAUAGGAUUUGACCAUUUCAUGAACGUCGUUAUCUUGAUUUCUGUUCUCUCCAUUGGAAAUUCAAGUGUCUACGGUGGCUCCCGAACCCUAACAGCUCUGGCUGAGCAAGGCUAUGCACCCAAGAUAUUUGCCUAUGUCGAUCGUGCUGGGAGACCCUUGGUGUCAACGAUUACAAUUAUCGCUUUUGGCGGGUUUGCUUAUAUCAACUUGUCUGCCUCUGGAGAGGAAAUUUUUGCUUGGCUACUUGCGCUGUCUGGUCUUGCCGCCCUCUUCACUUGGGGAAGCAUUUGCUUCGCCCAUAUUCGCUUCCGACAGGCAUGGGCUUACCAAGGCCACACCGUCGCUGAGCUUCCAUUCACAGCCGCUUUCGGUGUUUGGGGAUCGUGGCUGGGUCUGUUCCUUAUCGCUAUCGUUCUUGCUGCACAGUUCUACGUCGCGGUGGCUGAAAUGAACGCUCAGGCCUUCUUCAAGUCUUACCUUGCUGCCCCCGUUGUCAUGUUCUUCUGGAUCUGUGGUUACGUGUGGAAACGCGAGGGCUGGCUCAGGCUUAGCCAAAUCGAUGUUGAUUCCGGCCGCCGAGAGAUCGACUGGGAAGAGCACAACCGCAAGCUGGAGAAGAAGCGCAACGCCCCUCUUUGGAGACGUAUCGGUUACUUUUUGUUCUAA